AUGGGAGGUCUGCUAGGAACCACAUCACGGUCAGAAUCAGAAAACAACUACUUUGGUAAAUUUACGAACCACCACUGCAGCUUGGUAGAAUUUGUGGCACAAUACAAUAGUGCCAUUGGAGAACAGAGGCAUAGACAAUCAAAACUCAACGCAGAAAAUGGAGGUUCGUGCCGUGAAACUAAAACCCCUUUGAGUAUUGAAAAGCACGGUGCUAGAGUUUACACCGUAAAUAUAUUCUAUGAAUUCCAACAAGAGGUAUGGGAUGCCAGUUUCAACUGCCACAUCACCGACAAAAAUAACGUAGGAGACACAUGGACUUACCAAGUGGAAGAAACUGGUGGAAGAAUGUUUGAAGUAACAGAAAUCCCAAGCACGAAGCAAGUUGAGUGUGCAUGCAAGAAAUUCAACCCUGUCGGUAUACUGUGCAAGCAUGUGCUACAAGUUAUGAAGACAAAAGGGUAUGAAAAAAUCCCCCAACAGUAUAUCGUCCCACGAUGGACACGAGACGCAUGUGCACAACCAAUAUACGAUGUCCCAUGGGCAAAAAGAACAAAAAUACCCAAGGCAAAAUGA